GCAUUUCUUGUUGAAGAAUAAUGACUCUUAAUUGCUCUUCAACUACUCUUAGAAAACUGGAAGGGAAGGUGGCGAUCAUCACCGGCGGUGCAAGCGGGAUCGGAGCUAGUGCAGUACGAAUUUUCCAUGAAAAUGGAGCGAAAGUCAUAAUCGCCGAUAUCCAAGACGAAGUCGGCCAAAAAAUCGCCGAUGAACUCGGCAAAGACGUAAGCUAUAUCCACUGUGAUGUGUCGAAGGAAGAUGACGUCAGCAAUGUGGUGGACGCUGCCGUGUAUCGGCAUGGCAAGCUCGACAUCAUGUACAGCAACGCCGGCGUCAUCGACCGUUCCUUUAGCGGGAUAUUGGACGUUACAAAAUCUGACUUGGACAAGGUAUUGGACGUGAACGUGAUGGGAGCAUUUUGGGGAGCAAAGCAUGCAGCCAGGGUAAUGAUACCAGAGAAAAAUGGGUGUAUUUUGUUCACCAGCAGCUCAACCACCAACAUUGCUGGCCUCUCAUCGCACCCAUACGCAGUCUCCAAAUGCGCAGUCUUAGGACUAGUUAGGAACCUAGCCGCCGAGCUCGGUCAACACGGUAUUAGAGUCAACUGUGUUGCCCCCUUUAUCGUGGCCACUGGGAUUGCAGGCCCCAGAAACCUGAUGCAGGCGGAGGCGCUCGAGACCUUGGUCACCAGUUGGGCCAAUCUCAAAGGUCGUGUCCUUAAGGCUAAUGACAUAGCUAAGGCUGCGCUAUACUUGGCUAGCGACGAUGCAAACUAUGUCAGCGGCCUCAAUCUUGUGGUCGAUGGAGGCUACAGUGUUGUCAAUCCUUCAAUGCUUAAAACUCUUAAGUUCAUGGACUGA